AGGGUAGUUCGGUAAUAUCAAGAGAGAAUGAGUUCAUGCAUUUGUACCCUUUUUAAGGUUAGCUGCAGAGAAGUAUUUUGCUCACGUUGCUUCUGAUCUCUCUUCUCUUGUGUGAGUUGUGUUUGGUCAGGUAAAGAGGGAGAGGGAGGGACGGAGAGACAGAGAAAAAGAACUCAAGAGAAAAGCAAGGCCACCUUCCCUGAAGACUCUCUCUCUCUCUCUCUCUGUAUCUCUCUCCUUCUCUCUUCUUAUAAUUUCUUUCUCUCUCCUUCUGAUUCAGCGACCGCAGGACUCUCUCUUUCUCGCAUUCACUUCGCCAUCAUGAUCUCCUCCACCAGAUGCACCUUCCUGAGCAACUCAGGGUUGGGUGGGUGCAACAGCUUCUGUGAUGCGCAGAGAAAGCGUGCAAGUCCUUUCAGGGUGGUGUGUAUGGCCCCAAGUAGCAGCAGGUCGAGUGAUAGAAACGGUAGCGUUGUGAUGGAGACUCCGUUGAAAGAAGUAAGAAAGGAAUCGACGGUGGCUGACGUGGACGAUAACCCGAUCUCCGCCGGUGGCCCGCAGGAUGUGUACGGCGAGGAUAGGGCAACGGAGGAUCAGUUUGUUACUCCGUGGAAUGUCUCUGUUGCUAGUGGUUAUACGUUGUUGCGAGAUCCCCACUUCAACAAAGGGCUGGCCUUCACUGAAAAAGAGAGGGAUGCCCACUACUUGCGCGGUCUUCUUCCCCCGUCAGUUAUUCCUCAAGAAACUCAGGUGAAGAAAAUGAUCCAGCACAUACGCCAGUAUCAAGUUCCGCUGCAGAAGUACAUGGCAAUGAUGGAUCUUCAGGAGAGAAAUGAAAGGCUGUUUUACAAACUUCUUAUUGAUCACGUUGAAGAAUUACUCCCAGUUGUCUAUACUCCAACUGUUGGUGAGGCUUGCCAAAAAUAUGGGAGCAUCUUUAUGCGUCCUCAGGGUCUUUAUAUAAGUUUGAAAGAAAAGGGGAGGAUUCUUGAAGUGCUAAGGAAUUGGCCUGAGAAGAACGUUCAAGUCAUAGUUGUAACUGAUGGAGAACGGAUAUUGGGUCUUGGGGAUCUUGGUUGUCAGGGUAUGGGAAUACCAGUGGGAAAACUCUCUUUAUACACGGCACUUGGAGGAGUUCGUCCUUCCGCUUGCCUGCCUAUUACCAUUGAUGUGGGUACAAACAAUGAGAAGUUGCUGAAUGAUGAAUUAUAUAUUGGGCUAAAGCAAAGACGAGCAACUGGGCAGGAAUAUGCUGAACUUAUGCAUGAAUUUAUGACGGCAAUCAAGCAAAAUUAUGGGGAAAAAGUCCUAAUUCAGUUUGAAGACUUUGCAAACCACAAUGCUUUUGAUCUACUUGAAAAAUAUAGAUCGACGCAUCUGGUUUUUAAUGACGAUAUUCAGGGAACAGCAUCUGUGGUCCUUGCUGGACUAGUUGCAGCUCUGAAAUUGGUUGGGGGGAACUUAGCUGACCACAGAUUCUUAUUCCUUGGUGCUGGAGAGGCUGGCACUGGAAUAGCAGAACUCAUAGCACUUGAAACAUCAAAACAGACAAAUGCUCCACUGGAGGAAGUGCGCAAGAAUAUUUGGUUGGUGGACUCGAAGGGGUUGAUUGUCAGUUCCCGUAAAGAUUCACUCCAACAUUUUAAGAAGCCCUGGGCUCAUGAACAUGAACCUGUUAAAAAUCUUGUUGAUGCUGUUAAUCAAAUUAAGCCAACUGUGUUGAUUGGAACAUCGGGACAAGGGAGAACUUUCACUAAAGAGGUGGUUGAGGCUAUGGCCUCUAUUAAUGAGAAACCUAUUAUUCUUUCUCUUUCCAACCCAACAUCACAAUCAGAAUGUACUGCUGAAGAAGCUUAUUCAUGGAGCAAGGGACGUGCCAUUUUUGCAAGUGGGAGCCCAUUUGCCCCAGUUGAGCAUGAAGGGAAAAAGUUUGUGCCUGGCCAGGCCAAUAAUGCAUACAUAUUCCCAGGAUUCGGUCUUGGUUUAAUAAUGUCUGGGACCAUUCGAGUGCACGACGAUCUGCUUCUGGCUGCCUCGGAAGCUUUGGCUGCACAAGUGACACAGGAGAACUUCGACAAGGGACUCAUAUACCCUCCAUUCACCAACAUCAGAAAGAUUUCAGCACACAUAGCUGCCAAUGUUGCUGCUAAGGCUUAUGAGCUUGGUUUGGCCACUCGCCUUCCUCAACCCAAAGACUUGGUUAAGUUUGCUGAGAGCUGUAUGUAUACCCCAGCUUACAGAAGCUACCGGUGAAGUCACAAUAGCCCCCAUUUUUUUCUUUUUCAUUUUUCGGCUUUUAUCAUCAAAUCAUUUUAUUGUCAAUUUUUUAAUUUUUUUUCUUGUUCUUCUAAUUAUUGUAUUGGUGGGCUAGUUAGGACGGUGUGGGUAGUUGGUAGUUGGUAGUUGGACUGCUAUAAGGUAGUUUGCAAAUUUGUGUUAUGCUAUAAAUUUUUUAUCAUAUGACACUAAUCAUAAUUAGAAAAUGAAGCAUUUU